GCUCAGUCUCCUCCUCGUGUUUCUGUGAGAGGGGAUUAUGUUUUUGUUUCUGUUUUUUGGGUUUGGUUUUCUUUAUUUCAAUAAUGGAAAAGGAUAGUGAACAAAAACUAUAAUAUUCAGAUGUUAAUAAUCGGCUCAUUUAACGAUAUACCUAUGUGUUGGAAUCGUCCGAUUGAAUUUGUCUACAUAUCAAUGUGGCUUUAACCUGUUUCUUUACAAGUGGACGAAGCCGGCAACUUAGGGAACAGUUUACCGGUAUUGUGUCUUUGUUUGUACAGCGCCGCUCAAGGGACGCGUGCUCUUUUGUGUUAAGUUUCAUUUUCUUUGUUUAAAAAAACGAAUUGUGCUAAUUGAUUAUACAUCAGAACGAAAAGGUUAACAUUUUCGUUUGAAAUAUGCGCUACGCUAAGAAAUUUAUUACAGAAAGGUUGAUAAGGUUUGUCGUACUUUGGAGUUUAGUGGGGUUUCGCGUUGAUUUGGACUCGUAUUACUUUUCGCCACUUUUAGAGUCAAGUCUGGGUUCAAGUUCAGCUUAUGUUCAAACACCAUUUCAUAACUUCGGGGACACAUUAGAGGGCUACAAUUUGCAUCCUAAAUGUCCCGAUUUGGACUAUUACUUUACAAGCAGGAGGUUGCUGAACGAAGUGAAAGCAUUAGGGACACCACAUUUCCCCAUCACGGAGGUGAACGCAUGGCUGCUACAUGCGGUAUCCGGAGAGCCUGACAGCUCGGGUACAGCGACCCAGGGGCAGCAGACUGGCCAUGGAGCUUUGGUCAUCCAAGGGGAGGAGAGUCCGCUGGAGUCUGGAGACGACAGAGGUUCAGCUGAAAAUGAACUUAGCAAAGAGGAUAUAGAAUUGAUUGAAAAACUUUGGAGGCAAGAUUUAAGCAUAUCUGAUGGGUCUGGAGAAUUGGAGAAUAUUUCAUUGGAGAAGAAUACUAAUCACAUAGACGAUAAAAAGGUUAAGGAAUCGGAGUCAAAUGAAACUUAUGAUGAGUUGCAAGAACAGGUUGGUCAGAGUUUCCCCUCUUCAGAUGAGAAUAUACCGCAAGUACAGUCAAUACCUCCGGAGCCUCGGGCUUUAUUAAGAGAUGAUCUGGAGCAAAGAUGGCGAGAUUUUCUGUCUUUAACUGAGUUACAGGACAUGGGCAUAUAUUCUGUUCAGGCAAAUGGUGAUUCCAGCACUGGUAUGAAUAUUUCACAAGCUGUUAGUCAUAAUGUGAGCUUACAAGAUGCAAUGGCUUCCAGAAACCACCAUGAUCUAAGAAGAGAUUUUGAUCUAAUGAGAAGUGAGCAAAGUUCAGAACUUCUGCAGUCACAGUCUUCCAACUUGUCCAACUCUGAAAUGCUUCUCAGUGUUUCUAAUCUGACAGCUGAGCUUUUUCCACUUAUCGAAAAUUGUACCAGAAAUAUAUCAAAUCAUAACCAGUUAUCUGGUUUCCUUGAUGAAGCUGUGUUUGAACAAAUUAAUUUAAUGGGCCUUUGUAUGGAAGGACUUGAUAAGAUGCUUGAAGAACAUGAUUCAGAUUCUGGACUGUCAAUAAAUUCUAGUUCUAAUAGUCCCGAAUCUCCCAUUAGUUCAGAGAUGUCUUCAUGUAGAUCAUUCUGUGAAGAUGAAGGAGCUGUUGGAUAUAGCAUUAAAGCUGAACAUGUUUCAUGGGAUGGUGUGGAGGGAGCUACAGGAGGCUCAAAAGUUUGUUGCUCCCAAUACAAUGAACGUUCCCCUGUUUGUGACUAUAGUGUGCAUCAUGACCACACUUACAACCUUUCUCCAAAUCAAAAUAUUUCCACCUUUCCUCCAUCAGAUGUCAAAUGGGAAGAGGAGGAUAUUAAAACUAACUGGAGUGAGGAUAUUGAUCUUACUCAAGAUGAAAGACGAGUAAGAGCUCUAAGAAUUCCAUUUUCAGUCUCUGAAAUAGUCAACAUGCCUGUUGAAGCCUUUUUGGAUCUGGUUUCUAAAUAUGAUCUUACAGAUGCCCAAGUUACUCUAGUUCGGGAUAUAAGACGUCGGGGGAAAAACAAGGUUGCCGCACAAAACUGCCGUAAACGUAAAAUAGAUAUUAUUGCAAACCUGGAAAGUGAUGUGGAAAAACUUAGGAUGCAGAAAGACAAACUUAUGAAAGAAAGGUGUCAACAGAGCAGAUCUAUCAGUACCAUGAAAGAAAAGCUGAAUGCCCUAUACAAAGAUGUAUUUAGUCGACUGCGAGAUGAUGAGGGCAGGCCUGUUAACCCAAGCCAGUAUGCUCUUCAAUGUAAUAGUGAUGGAAGUGUCAUAGUUAUGCCUCACAAACUGUUGGCAAUGAAACAGAAAUCGGACAAAAGAAAAAAGGAAAAGAAACGUUGAAAAUGAAGUUAUUUAUUUGCCCCACUUUUCACUUUAAAAGAGAGGUUUAGUUGUUUGUUUGCCUAUGUCUGUUUUGAAAGCUCUGAGGUGAGGUGUCAAUUUAUUGCUAAAGGGGGCUUUUGUAUGUUUUAAAGAUUUUAAAAUAUUGCAACUUUUAUUAACUUGUUAAUUUUUAUUGAAAACAAAAUCUCUUACUGUGUUGAGACUUUGCAGUCCACUUCUGUAAAGUAAAAUCCCCAGGAGACAUUUAGGACAGCUGUUGCUAAGCACAUCCUGAAAAGUAUACACCUAAAGCAAUAAUUUCUAAUCUGCAUCAAUGUCUGAUAAUUUUCUUAUGAAAAAAAGCUGCUAAUCACUGGAUGACUGUUAAUAAAAAUAACUAACGGUUGCUUAAAAAGUUAUUUAUUUAUUUAUUUAUAUGAAUCACCUUGUCCGAAACACACAUCAAAAUCUUUAGUCAUCAUCUUCCUGACAAGAGUAAGACUGUCCCAUUUCCCUAUGCUAGAUGUGACUAGUUAUAACAGAUCAAAAGUGUUGCUGAAGUUUGGCUGUAUGCAGCCCACUUGGUUUUGAUUAUAACACGUUAGUGUUAGUCAAGUUCAGUGGAGUUUGCAUAGAAGAAUAACGUUUAAUUUUAAAACAAAACUUACUUUACAUAAUUUUACUUGAGUUCUCUUUGAAUUAAUUUUAGGUCUCUAAUAUGAAAAUUAUUAAAGACUUUUUUUUUUCCGAUAAUCUUUGUGAUCAUUUGCUCCUUGUAGAUGGCAAAUGAUGCCAAAUUCAUGCAAUAAGAUUGGUGAAGUAUUAAAAUGAAUGUAUUAUGUUAAUGAUAUUUUGCCUGCUUUUUGUGUGGCCUUUAGUUUUAGGGUAUAAACAAUACAGCGGGUAAGGGAAGACUCUCUGGGAGUCUGUUUCUGCACUACUGAUUAUUUUUAUACUAUAUAUACAGUGAAAUGUGUAAUUUUGCUUAAAGAAUAGUGGAAACCUCUUUAAUCAAAGAUAGUUUGUUUUUUGUCAUAUUUUGCUAAACAUACAAAACCAGUGUUAAUUUCACCUGAGCAUUCUAAGUAAUCUUAAUUUUCAGACAAGCAUGUUUGUUUUUUUUAGCUGAACUGGGUAAAUAGAAGACUUGGAUUUUUAUUCACAUGUAUUUUAUUUGUUCAUAAAGCAGCAUGCUAUUUAAGGUCAGGUAUAGCACACACUGUAAUUUCCCACAACACCAUUACUGUUAGCAAUGAAUAUUUCCAAAUACUACUAAAAUUUGUUUCUACACUCUAGCUUCUCAUCCUAUUUUUCUUUAUUGAUAAUGUUUAUUAUAUUUCAGAGAAAGAUUUACUUCUGCAUCCUUGAUUGUACAAAGUAAAAGAUUGUACAAAAAUGUCCUGAAUUGUUUGAGACAAACAGACACAUGCAUUGUGUAUGAACAAAGAAGAGACCAACAAACUUUGUUUUGUGUCUAAUUUUUGAUUUUGGCCAAAUGGGUGCAUCUGUUUGGGCAGAUUUAAUGUUUGUUGAGUAGGACCAAUACGUUAUAGGGAUAGGUUAUUAACCAUAUGGCCUUCAAGGCUUUUCCCUAUGUGUUUUUCUUGCUAUUGAAUUUCCUGCUGGGGUGGAGAUGGAGAAGAGGUGCAUGUAGGGCAUCUUGAUUCUGCAUUCAGCUUGCCUUGGCACAAGCAAAUUGUGUAAGUUCAAAAAGAAGCUUUUACUACUUUUACGAAUUCCAUUUACAAAUAAUGUGGUGAGUUGCCUAUUUAGACAGAACCAUUUUGAUGAGUUUAAGGCAGCCUUAAUAUUUUGGCUAAGAGUAUAAGGAAAAUAACUAAUCAAAGUUCAUUCCACAACCCACACUAAAAAAAAAAAGUUUUAAGUCUGAACAGCCAAAGUACUGUUUUAUCAGCUUAAUAGCAACUUUAAUGUUGUGUUUCUGCAUUUGUAUUUAUUUUCGACUUGAUAUUAACUUUCAUUUUUACCUUUGAAUAUUAUGUAUUGGUAUUCCACACUAGCUACAUAGGGAGAAAUACAAUUUCUGCUUUAGUAAUGAAAUUACUUAACUCUUUUAGACAUUGUUUCCUUAUAUUUAUAUUGGUGAAAUCACAAACUGCUUUCUGCCGUGAGUUGCGGCAAUAAUAUUUGGAUACCUCCUUGCAUUUUUCAAUAAGAAAUAACUAGGAGCUUGUAAUUUCUUUAAAAAAAAUGGAAAAAGCUAUAUACAAUUUUUUGGAAUAUUGACAGGCAUGUGUGUAUUUUGGUUUGGAAUUAUUGGUUCUGAGAAUGAAUGUGUUUGGUAUUUUUUGUGUGCUCUGAACAAGAAAAAUUUUUUUUGUAAUAAUGUUUUGAUUCUAUAAAUGUUGUGCCACCAUUUUCCUCUUAUGCCAAAAAUUAAUUUCCUUGUUUGGAUUUCAAUUGAAAAAACAUAAAACGUUGUGAACUAAACUGAAAAAAUUUGUUUGUCUCUGUUCAAACAGCUUUUUUGUGAAAGUCAUUUUAGCCAUUAAGUUUUAGUGCUUUACAGCAGGUACCACUUUACCACUAAUGGUUGUAAAAUCUGAAAAGUCAGAAUGCCCUUGCACUGUAAUGAGAUUUGUAUUACCUAAGAAAUGGGCAAAUACUGUACUUUUUUUAGAGUGUGAAAUAGUGUUUCUGUUUUAAGGUAUGAUUUGAACUAUACUUAUGUAAUUUUGCUCUUAAACUACAUUUUUUAAUGUUGCUUUUUUAUGUUUCAACAUGUCAUUCUUUAUACCACUCCAGUGCAUAAACAAGACCAAGUGUUAUCUCUUAAAUAUUCCUAUUUACCCUAAUAAUAUUUGUGGUUUAGCUUUUGUAGGAGGUGUAAAAUAAAUUACUGGUCAUGUUUUUUUUUGUUAUUUUGUUGAGUGCAUGUGUUAUUUUUAAAUGUGUUAAAUAUCUUAAGCAAAAUGAUGAUUUAAAAAAUCUUUUUUUUCUUUUUCAGUUCAACUUGAAGUUUUGUUCCCUAAUUAUAGUAGUAUACUUAGUUGUAAUUUAUCACAUAAUUCCAAAGCUGAUUUAAGUUGUCAUUUUCUUCAAAUAUUGGUUUGUGUAUGUUAAAGAUACAUUUGUUUGGGAUUCUGUUCUGCAGUUAGAAUCUUUCUUUUAGUAUAUGCAUUGUUAAUCACAUGCCUUGAUAAACAUUGCAUUUCUGAAUACAAA